AUGUCUCCCGAUACGAAUAAUAAUGUAGGUGGAACGGAAGAACAUGACGACGAACAAGAAGAAGAUGAGGACGAACCUGUAUUUAAAUUUUCCACAAUAACAAUCGGACCCGGAGUUCGAAAAAAUAAUGAAAACAGUAAAAAUAUACCGGCAGAAUUCAGCUGUAUCGCUGUGCAUGAAAAAUUUCUUGUUAUUGGCAAGCCUACAGGUGAAAUUAUAAUUACGGACCAUCUCGGAAAUAUUAUAUCGCAAUUUCAAAUUAAAGCGCACACUUAUCCAGUAAAUGCAAUAUCAAUUGACGACAAUGGAGAAUUCAUUGGUAGUUGUUGUCAAGAAGGAAAAGUUAAAAUCUCUGGUUUAUUGAAUAGAACUGAUGAUCAACUAAUCACAUUUAAUCGUCCAAUCAGAGCUGUCUGUCUUGAUCCGAAUUUUGCUAAAACAAAAAUGUUUGUCACUGGUGACACAUCUCUUAUUUUAAAUGAAAGAGGUACUCUCUAUGGACAUAAAAGAACACCAUUAUUCGAAUUUAAUGGUGGGCUUAUUCAUACACUUCGUUGGAAGGAAACAUUAAUUGCAUUUGCUAAUGACAAAGGCGUUGGCAUUUACGAUUUACGUGCAAGACGAUUAAUUGGAUUCGAGGAAACUGAGGGUCAAAAAGAACUUCCUCGUGGCGUUUAUCCAAGUCGUAUAUCAUGGAAUGACCCAACAACAUUAGCAAUAGCAUGUGCUAAAGCUAUUAAAAUAAUAUCGAUUACAACUGAAGCCGGUAGUGAACAUCAAGCAAAUGCGCCAAGAAAACAUCUAAAUACAACUAUGUCAUUCAAAAUUGAAUUUUACGCAUGUGGUUUAACAUCUGUCAAUCGUGAUUUAGUUGUAUUUGGUAUCGAAGAUUUUAGUAUUGCUGCUGGUACAUCUGACCCAUCGUUAACCGUAUUAGUAUCGAAAGGCAAAGUAUAUGAAGAGAAAGCUCAUGAUCCAUUUCGGAUGCACAAUGAUGAGCUAACGUCGCCAUUCCAAUUUCAAAUUGAAUAUUUACCAGAUGAACAAUGCUUUUUUAUUCUAAGUCCCUACGAUAUUGUUAAAGCCGAACGUCGAGAUUACGAUGAUCAUAUUGAAUAUUUAAUUAACAAGAAAAGAUUUGAGGAUGCAAUAAAAGCUUUUGAAAAUCCUCCGAGUCCAAAUGAAAAACCAAAGCGAUACAAUCCUCAGACCAUCUAUCUAGCAUAUGUAAAAUCUUUAAUGGAGGCUAAUCAAAAAGAAAAAGCGGUCGAAUUGUUUCCUCGUGUUUAUACAACAUCGAAAGAAUGGGAAGAACAAAUACUUACAUUUAUUCAACGAAAUGAACUUGAUAUAAUUGUAUCCAAAAUCCCAACGAGUAAGCCGCAACUUGAUGCAGCUAUUUAUGAAAAAGUACUUAGUACAUAUUUAAUGCAGAAAAAAUUUGAAGAAUUAAAAGAAUUACUAAUUCAAUGGCCAUUGAAUAUUUACAAUUUAACUUCAAUUGAUCAAUUAAUUCGUUUACAAAUGGACGAUGAACGUACAGCGAAAGCAUUACUUGAAUGUUCAGCAGUUAUUGCGGAGAAACAAGGCAAUGUAUCGAAAACGCUAGAUAUUUAUCUAAAAAUGGGCAAUGCUCAAGCAUUUCAAUUGAUCGAAAGGAAAAAUCUCCAUGCUGAAAUUCUUCCAUAUAUUGAAAAAUUGAUGUCAAUUAAUCGAAAAACGACAUUGGAUAUGUUGAUUAAUCAUAUGGAUAAACUACCUGUCCGCUCAGUUUAUAAUGUGUUACAGAAGAGUCCCCGCAACCUUCAUGCUUAUCUUGAUGGUGUAUUUUCGAAAAAUCCUAAUGAUUCACGUGAUUUUCACACAGCUCAAGUAUCACUCUAUGCUGAUUAUGAACCCGAGAAACUCCUAGGAUUUUUACGUAAAGCUGGAAAUUAUAAUUUACAAGAAGCAUUAGCAACAUGUGAAAUAAAGAAUCUUUAUCGUGAAACUGUUUUUCUUUAUGGCCGAGCAGGAAAUGGACCUGUUGCAUUACAAAUUAUUCUUGAACAAUUACAUGAUAUUGAAGAAGCAAUUAAAUUUUGUCGCGAAACAGGUAGUGAACAAUUAUGGACGCGACUAAUUGAGCAAUCCGUUGGCAAGCCAGAAUUUAUCAGAGGUCUAUUGAAUCAUGCUGGCAGUGAUAUCAAUUUACAGAAAUUAAUCGAUUCAAUUGGAACCGAUUUACGAAUACCUGGUUUACGUGAUUCAUUAUGCAAAAUCAUGCAAGAUUUUAAUAUUCAGAUGUCUCUAUCAGAAUGUUGCCGAAAAAUAAUCGUGCACGAUUGUUUGGCAUUAAGAAAAAAGACAGUAACGUUACUUCAAAGCGGCUAUCUAGUUACAGAUACUGAUGUUUGUGCUAAAUGCCAUAGUCCUAUAUACAGUUCUGAUAUUCAAUUCAAUCCUCCAAUUUCUGUCUUCUUUUGUCUGCAUGUCUUUCAUACAAAAUGUAUUGAAGCAAAUCCAGGAGUAUGUGGAGUUUGCUCGACCAGUUCACUGUUUGGUUCAUAUUAA